AUGGGCCCCUGUACCGCCUCCUCAUGCUGCUGCCAGGCCCGUAAUCUGCCAUGGGCCCCCAUACCAACUCCUCAUGCUGCUGCCAGGCCCGUAAUCUGUCAUGGGCCCCUGUACCGCCUCCUCAUGCUGCUGCCAGGUCCAGAGUGUGUCAUGGGUCCCUGUACGGCCUCCCAUUGCUGCUGUCUCCAUCGCCACACUCUGCCAUGUGCCACUUUCAGGUCUCUUCACACUGCUGGUGGUUUCCAUUUUUGUCAUAGGGUGCUGUAUGGCCUCCCAUUGCUGCUGCCUCCACCGCCACACUGUGGCUCCACACUCUGGUUUUGGCCCGUGACUGCCCAAAUGAGUGAAGUGUGCGGUGAUUCUAAGAUCGACGGCACUCAUCUGCAUGUCAUACUGACUGUCAGUAUUAUUUCUCUUCCCCAGCAGACUCCAAGGGCAUUUAAAUUAAAGGUACAGUGUUCUGCACUAAUAUAA